GCGGUGGCGUUAUCCAAUCGCAUGAAAGACAGGGCAACAUUUUAGCCAAUCCGAAGGCGCGGGGCGGGGCCUGAGGCAGGGACCGGAGAGAGGCGUUUGCUGACGAAGAUGGCGACCGAGGCGCAGAGUGAAGGGGAGGUGCCAGCCAGCGAUUCCGGGCGGAGAGAUGCCAUCUGCAGUUUUGUUAUCUGCAAUGAUUCUUCGCUUCGAGGUCAGCCAAUUAUCUUCAAUCCUGACUUUUUUGUGGAGAAACUUCGACAUGAGAAACCAGAGGUGUUCACCGAGUUGGUGGUCAGCAACAUCACAAGGCUUAUCGAUUUACCUGGCACUGAGUUGGCUCAACUGAUGGGGGAAGUGGACCUGAAGUUGCCUGGUGGGGCUGGCUCAGCAUCGGGAUUCUUCCGGUCCCUGAUGUCUCUCAAGCGCAAGGAGAAAGGAGUGGUGUUUGGAUCCCCACUGACAGAGGAAGGCAUUGCCCAGAUAUACCAGCUAAUCGAAUACCUGCAUAAAAACUUGCGAGUGGAGGGCUUGUUCAGAGUUCCAGGCAACAGCGUCCGACAACAGAUUUUACGGGAUGCUCUCAAUACAGGAGCUGAUAUUGACCUAGAAUCAGGGGAGUUCCACUCUAAUGAUGUCGCCACUUUGCUGAAGAUGUUUCUGGGAGAGUUGCCUGAGCCUCUGCUGACACAUAAACAUUUCCAUGCACACCUCAAAAUUGCUGACUUGAUGCAGUUUGAUGACAAAGGCAACAAGACCAACGUGCCAGAUAAGCAGCGGCAAAUUGAGGCUCUGCAGUUACUCUUCCUCAUUCUCCCUCCUCCCAACCGUAAUUUGCUGAAGUUACUGCUUGAUCUCCUGUACCAGACAGCCAAGAAACAGGAUAAGAAUAAGAUGUCUGCCUACAACCUUGCUCUUAUGUUUGCACCCCAUGUUCUAUGGCCAAAAAAUGUCACUGCAAAUGACCUUCAGGAGAAUAUCACAAAGCUAAACAAUGGGAUGGCCUUUAUGAUUAAACACUCCCAGAAACUGUUUAAGGCUCCUGCUUAUAUUCGGGAGUGUGCCAGGUUGCACUAUCUGGGCUCUAGAACCCAAACAUCAAAGGAUGACCUUGAUCUGACACCGUCACGUCAUAGUAAAUCCUUCCAGCUAGCAAAGUCUCAGAAACGGAACCGAGUCGAUUCUUGCUCCCAUCAGGAGGAGACCCAGCAGCGGACGGAAGAGGCCCUGAGAGAGCUGUUCCAGCAUGUCCACAACAUGCCUGAGUCCGCCAAGAAGCAGCAGCUUAUUAGACAGUUUAAUAAGCAGUCUUUGAGCCAAACACCAGGACGAGAACCUUCUAGCUCUCGAGUGCAGAAGCGGACUCGUUCACGCUCCUUCAGUGGGCUCAUUAAGCGGAAGGUCCUUGGAAAUCAGAUGUCAGAACAUAAGGACAAAUAUGCUACUCCAGAGGCCGUAACCAUGAGCGAGUUGAAGAGAGCCAGUAAGGAGAACAUGAACACAUUCCUUUCUGGCUCUCCAACUGUCACAAUGACACCAAUGAGAUUGAAAUGGUCUGAGGGGAAGAAAGACGGGAAAAAAGGAUUCCUCUGAAGAAUCCAGAAUUCUCCUGUCAUCCACACAGAAUUUGCUGUCUAGCAGGUCAAGUGUUACUACCACUCACAGUGGAACUUGGACUGGCAGCUUGCUUGCUGCAUUUUGACUUGUAGACGUCAACUAAUACCAUGACUGAUACCUCUAACCCCACUCACUGGAUGAUGUGCAAAUUGUGCCUUCUGAGAGAGUCUAGGCUGUCUCUCUCUCUGACGUUCCGGAAGCAGCUCAGCCCCAGCCUAUGCAGCACGGUCAGUCAGCAGGCCCUGGCAGGCCCCACUGUUCCUUCACUGUGUAGAGACAGAUUCUAGUUUUUGAAAACAGAAAAUCUGUGCUCAACGGCCAGUAACCUUUAAAAAAGCAAUAUCAAUUCUACUGGACUGAUUUUA